CAAAUAGGGUAUGCAUUAGUACCUUUGACUUCUGAUGAAAGUGAUUCUCUUCAAACUUCACACUGAAGCGCGACUUUAUAGAGUGGUUGUUUUUGUACAGUAAUCCGAACAACCACUCAUUACUGACCAAGACGGUUUUAAAAUUAACUUUACUUAAAGACAAAUAAACUGUUCUAAAUGUCAUUAUUUAGAGAUAUUUUUGAGAUCCGACCAUCGAAUGAAAGAUACGGAAUGUGAAUUCACAACAGACAAGAAUGCUUUUCUCAAAUAAAAAAAUGGGAACCUUCAUACAUCAUAUUUGGAUAUGUUCUCUGGUUUUAUUUUCCGAAACUGAAGUUUUGGGGUCCAAUGUCUGCACUUUGCGAGGUGUCAGUACCUGCAAGCAGUGUCUGGCCAUCCACCCCACCUGUGCAUGGUGCUUCCAGGAGGAUUUUGGGCAGGGGGUGGCCAGCUCGUCCCGCUGUGACCUCAGAGAGAGGCUUCUGCAGACCGGGUGUGCAGCUCAGUUUUUGGAGUUCCCCACGAGCAGCCUGAGUGUGGAGCAGGACCUGCCUCUCAGUGGCAAAGCCACCGGGGCAGUGGAGGAUGUGGUACAGAUCCAGCCCCAGAAACUACGCAUCGCCCUGAGACCUGAUGACUCCAAGCGCUUCACGGUGAAGGUGCGUCAGGUGGAGCAAUACCCUGUGGAUCUGUACUACCUGAUGGACCUGUCCUACUCCAUGAAUGAUGACCUGAUCCGCCUGCGCACCCUGGGGGACUCCCUGGCCCAAACCAUGGGCCGGACCACCAGCGACCUGCGCAUGGGCUUCGGGGCCUUCGUGGACAAGCCCCUCUCCCCUUAUAUGUACAUGUCCUCUGCGGAGGAGCUGGCCAACCCCUGCCAUGGGAUGGGCCGUACCUGUCUGCCUCAGUUUGGGUAUAAGCACGUUCUGACCUUGACGGAGGAGGUGAGCCAGUUCACUGCGGAGGUGAAGAAUCAGGAGGUGUCCCGAAACAGGGAUUCUCCCGAAGGAGGCUUCGAUGCUAUCAUCCAGGCGAUAGUGUGCCAGGAGAAGAUUGGCUGGCGACCGGGUGCGUCCCACCUGCUGGUGUUCACCACCGACGCGAAGACACACAUCGCCCUGGACGGCCGCAUAGCGGGCCUCGUUCAGCCUAACGAUGGAGAGUGCCACUUAGACAGCGGUGGCAACUACGACAAGUCUUCUACACUGGAUUACCCCUCAUUAGCCUUGAUUACAGAAAAGCUGUCAAAGAACAACAUCAACCUGAUCUUUGCAGUGACGAGCCCUGUAAUGGAGCUCUACCAGAACUACAGUCAGCUGGUCCCCGGGACCGCCGUGGGGCUGCUAUCCUCUGAUUCCAGAAACGUGAUCCAGCUCAUCGAGACAGCGUACGCGAAAAUCCGCUCCCAUGUGGAGCUGGAGCUCCAGGGGGUGCCGGAGGAGCUCUCCCUGUCCUUCAAUGCCACCUGUCUCAACGGAGAACUCAUAACCGGCCUGAAGUCCUGCUCUGGCCUGAAGAUCGGAGACACCGUGUCUUUCAGCGUGGAGGUGUACAUGCGGGACUGUCCCGCGGAGAAGCGCAGGACCUUCACGCUGAAGCCGCUGGGUUUUCGGGACACGCUCGAGAUCACCGUGGACUUCCAGUGCGAGUGCGGCUGCCAGGCUGACGCCCAGCCCGACAGCCCCGUCUGUAACCAGGGUAACGGCACCUACGAGUGUGGCGCGUGCCAGUGCGACGCGGGGUGGCUGGGCCCACGCUGCGAGUGUGCCGAGGGGGAGUACAGCCUCUCCGAGCAGGACAACUGCAGCCCCCCCAGCUCGGGCCCCCCCGAGGCCCAGCCCAUCUGCAACGGGAGGGGCGACUGCAUCUGCGGACAGUGCAUCUGCCACGCCAGCAGUUUCGGCAAAGUGUGGGGCCGCUACUGUGAGUGUGACAACUUCAACUGCCUGCGCUACAAAGGAGAGCUGUGCUCAGGUCACGGGACGUGUGACUGCAGGACCUGCCAGUGCGACGCGGGCUGGAGGGGGGAGAACUGCAACUGCUCCAUGCGCACCGACACCUGCAUGUCCAGCAUGGGCCUGCUGUGCAGCGGGCGGGGCCACUGCGUGUGCGGGGUCUGCGAGUGCACCCAGCCGGGGGCCUACGGCGGAACCUGCGAGAGAUGCCCCACCUGCCCGGACGCCUGCGCCAUCAAGAUGGAAUGUGUGGAGUGUAGACACUUUAAGCGAGGAAAGCUCUUUGAUGAGAAGAGCUGUUCCAGGAUCUGCAGGGAUGACAUCCAGCUGGUGGACAAUCUGAGCUUCCAUGAUAAGAAUGCACGUAACUGUACCUACGAGAACGAGGAUGACUGCAUACAGCACUUCCAGUACUAUGAGGAUGGCAGUGGCAAGUCCAUCCUCUUCGUGGUCAAGGAGCCAGAGUGCCCUGAAGGGCCGAACACGCUGGUGGUGCUGCUGUCUGUCAUCGGGGCCAUCCUCUUCCUGGGCCUGAUUGGCCUGCUCAUCUGGAAGCUAAUGAUCACCAUCCACGACCGGCGAGAGGUCGCCAAGUUUGAGGAGGAGAAAGCCCGAGCCAAGUGGGACACGGGCCACAACCCGUUGUACAAAGGAGCAACCUCCACCUUCACCAACGUGGCGUACCGGGGAAAUAAGAGCCCAACUGAGCCCCCGCCCAGCUAGUCAGGACCCGUCCCACUCUGGGCCUGUAAAAGGGCUUGUAAACACCUGGGGACAGCCUGUGCCCGAUUUGGACUGUUCCAUUUUCAUUUUGCUGGGGAUAUUGGCAUUUUUUAUGUGCUGAUAACAAGAAAAGAUACAUUUUGUAAAUAUGUGUGCAAUUUUUAAAGUGUCUUAUUAAACACAGAUUCAAAUUUGAAAAAAAUGUCAACAAGUAAAAUACACUCAACUAACAAGUAUUUUAGUCUUAUAUUUGGACCUAAAAUCUAAUUUAUGGUACUUCUUUACUAAAUAAAAAAAAUUGACUCAUUUCAAGAUUUGUCAAUGGGGUAAGAAAUUAUAAUUUGUCAAACAAACAGUAACAUAAAACAAGCUCAUAUUUUCUACUUGAGAGAGCAGUAUUGUUAUAAAACUAAAACACUUGUUAAGACAUAAUUGUCUUGUGUGUGCUUGUCCAUGCCCUUCAGACAGAGCAGCGCAGGAGGGUGGGUUUACAUGAUCAUGCUUUCUAUCCUGGAGCACCAGCUGUUUUCUGUGACCUUAAUAUUGGUUGUUAAGCAUUAUAAUGGAGUGUAAUAUUGUAUAUAGUGCAGUGGGGUCAGACUCCAGUCCAGGGAUUUUGCAGUGUCUUCUAUUGCUGUUUCAACAUUAUUUAAGUUGUUUGUGAGCUGAAGAGUUCAUGCACCUUUUUUCCAAGGCCUCGUUUAACUGCUGAUUGAAAAGAAACCACAAAAAGUGUGGCACUGCAGGACUGGAGUUAAACCUGCAUACACUGCGGCCCUCUAGGACUGUGAUUAAACCUGCAUGCAUUGUGGCCCUCUAGGACUGGAGUUAAACCUGCAGGCACUGUGGCCCUCUAGGACUGUGAUUAAACCAGCAUAUACUGUGGUCCUCUAUGGAUUAAAUUUGGUGCCUGUAAUAUAAGUAACAGAGUUUACUAUGCAGUAUAGGCAUUUUAGUAUUUUGUAAAAAGGAUUACCAGAGUGCACUAUCAAAUGUUUUUCAGGUAGAUUUAAUUUGGCAAAACAAGGCAUAGGUGAAAAUUAGCAGUGAAUUCUGCACUGAUACUGAGGAAAUAUUUUUUACAUAGCUGUUAGCUGUCAACAUGUGAAACAGCUUGCAGGUCGUGUAGUAGAGUUAGAGACCCUGGGUUCAUUCCAGUUGCUUACUUUCACUCCUUGCAUCUCUUCCUCGCACCCUUUCCUCACUCCUUAGCUCCAGAGGACGUGAGGAAGAGAUGCAUGGGGCUCUUUCCAGUCGCUUAUUUAAUCCGUCCUCAUCUCUGCCGUUCCUCGUCUGACCCAGAAUUCGAUCGAGGUCCACCAUUGUUAUGGACAUUCCAGCUCGAUGAAUGCUCCUUGAAGGAGCCAGGGGGCUACUGAAGGAUGCUUGAACAAGGAAACAUGAGGGCAUCAUUUGCAGAUGUUUUUUUUUUUGGAACACGUGAUGUAUAAAUGAUCGACCUGUGGACCCACCUCUCCCCAUCUGCCCCGUCUGUAACUGAUGUGGCUUCAAACUGAUGCCUGACUGGAAAGGGACAUUCUAUUUGCCUAAUACACUUUUCCUUGAUUCCUCCGUCCUUGUGUCCUUUCCUUGUGUUCUUUACUUGCAUCCUUCAUUGGGUGUGGCUAAGGAAGCGAGAAAAGGAGUGAAGAAAGGAUGCAAGUCGGUAAAAUAAGCGAUUGGAAAGAGCCUGAGGAUGUGUACAGUUCUGUAAUUCAGUUUCACCUCUACUGUAUGUCUGUGUUCUGGCAGGUUUAACACUUCUACUGUGAGAUGCUUAUUGAAUGUGGGCCCAGGUAGUUUUAGUUCUUUCCUCAAACCUGUGUAAAUGUAUUUUCUUAAAUAUGUAUGGCUUUGAUUAUGAAAAUCUAAAGACAAUUGUGUUGUUCAUGCAGAAAUAUAAUUCAGAUAGUAGCGUGGCUCCAUAAAAAACAAGGGCAAAAGCAAUCACUCAUUAUGCUUUAAUUAUAGCUGCAAACUGUUAUGACCCACACUCAGAAACACAUACAUGAGCCUGAACAUGCAAAAAAUGUAAAAAUCAUUAUACAAUUCUAUUUUAUAACUGUGGUUGCAGAUAGAAAUGUAGGCAUUUAAAAUGGGAAUAAAAGUUUCUGUCAAGCGAAUAUUAUAAUUGUAAUGAUAAAUGUUCAUAGUGUUUAUAUACUUCACUCUGAGAACUUUGGCUCCUUUGUAUCUCCAUUGAGAGAGCCUUGUGUCUUUUCAGAUGCUUGCUGUGCUAUGUUUAUGUUGUAGGGAAAAUGUGUCAGCAGGAAAGUGUUACACAUUGAUCUAUAUCCUGGUGUUCUUUUUCAUUUAAACUUUUAAAUGUACAAAACUAAUUUGAAUUUUGGACCGUGUAAGAGUGGUGGUUUUUGUCUUAAUUGACAUAGACUUUGUUCUAAUCCUUUUAUACAAAAACCAACCUUAUAAGAUCAAGCAGGACCUAUUGGUGGUGGGCUGUUUUUAUUUUUUUUUAUUUUUAACUUUCUUUAUUGUUGUACAUCCAUUUUCUACAAAAAAAAUAAAUACGAAUUAGUA